CGCUCCCUACAUGCAUCCCCUCGUCUUCCUCGCCAGGAUGGAUUUCACUCCGGGCAAUUUGUUCGGCUACAUAGAAGACCUGCAGGAACUGACCAUUAUCGAGAGGCCGGUGCGCAGGAGCCUCAAGACACCAGAAGAAAUAGAAAGACUGACAGUUGAUGAAGAGCUCAAUGAUAUUGAGAGGGCUGUUUAUCUACUCAGCUCUGGACAGGAUAUCCAAGGAACAAGUGUGGUGGCAAAUCUUCCCGUCCUGAUGCGGCAGAAUCCUGCAGAAACGCUUCGUCGGGUUUUGCCAAAAAUCAGAGAAGUGCUGCAUGUUGCGGGAGUGGAAAUGCAGUUAACAGCUGCUGUUUCAUUUUUGACUAUUCUGCAAGAGGAAUCAGUGUCCAUUCAUACGUACUCCCACUCCUUUCUGCACAUCAUUCUGCAGAAUCUGGAACACAGGGAUGCAGGUGUCAGCAAUGCAUGGCUAGAAACUCUUCUUGCUGUAAUAGAAGCUUUACCCAAAGAGACUAUUAGACUUGAGAUCCUGAAUCCAAUUGUUUCCAAGGCACAGCUUUCUCAAACACUUCAGUCACGAUUAGUCAGUUGUAAAAUCAUGGGAAAAUUAGCUAACAAAUUUGAAACUCAUAUUAUUAAAAGAGAGAUUCUUCCGUUGGUAAAAUCACUGUGCCAGGACGUAGAAUAUGAAGUCAGAACUUGCAUGUGUCGGCAGCUGGAACAUAUAGCUCAAGGAAUAGGGACAGAACUAACAAAAACCGUGGUGCUUCCUGAAUUGGUAGAACUGGCAAGAGAUGAAGGCAGCAGUGUACGUCUUGCAGCCUUUGAGACACUAGUGAAUCUGCUUGAAAUGUUUGAUGCAGAUGAUAGAAGUCAAACGGUUCUCCCCUUAGUGAAAUCCUUCUGUGAAAAGUCCUUCAAAGCAGAUGAAUCUAUUCUAGUUUCUUUAUCAUUCCAUUUAGGGAAGCUCUGUAAUGGACUAUAUGGCAUUUUUACUCCUGAGCAGCACUUACGAUUUUUAGAAUUUUAUAAGAAACUUUGCACGUUGGGUUUACAGCAGGAGAAUGGACACAAUGAUAAUCAACUACAACUUCAAACUCUGGAACAGGAAAAGAAAUACAUUUCAGUGAGGAAGAACUGUGCUUACAAUUUUCCAGCCAUGAUUGUUUUUGUGGAUCCAAAGAAUUUUCAUUUGGAACUAUAUUCCACAUUCUUCUGCCUUUGUCAUGAUCCUGAAGUUCCAGUCAGAUACACUAUGGCCAUGGGCUUCUAUGAAGUUGCUAAGCUUUUGAAUUCUGGUGUGUAUACAAUACAUAAAGAGCUGGUAACACUGCUACAGGAUGAGUCACUGGAGGUAUUAGAUGCACUGGUAGGUCACCUUCCUGAAAUCCUUGAGCUAAUGACUAACGGAGGAGAAAACAGUAGCUCCGAAAGCAAGUUAUUGUCUAUCCCUGACCUGAUACCUGCAUUAACAACAGCAGAACAGAGAGCAGCAACUUCUUUAAAAUGGAGAACACACGAGAAGUUACUACAAAAAUAUGCCUGUCUCCCUCAUAUCAUAUCAAGUGAUCAGAUUUAUUAUCGUUUUCUUCAUAGAAUGUUGACAAUCAUUUUGACAAACAAUGUCUUGCCAGUCCAAAAAGCAGCUGCUCGAACUCUCUGUGUUUACUUACGUUAUAAUCGCAAACAAGAACAGAGGCAUGAGGUCAUUCAGAAACUUAUUGAACAACUGGGCCAAGGAAAAAGUUACUGGAACAGACUUCGUUUUUUAGAUACCUGUGAAUUCAUUAUGGAACUGUUCUCCAAAUCAUUCUUCUGUAAAUACUUCUUUCUACCUGUGCUGGAGCUUACACAUGAUCCAGUAGCAAAUGUGAGAAUGAAGCUGUGCUACUUGUUGCCAAAAGUUAAAUCUACUUUGAAGAUUCCCACUGACAAACUUUUACUUCAGCAACUGGAAUUGUGUAUAAGGAAACUUUUGUGUCAAGAGAAAGACAAAGAUGUGCUGACUAUUGUAAAAAGAACAGUGUUAGAACUGGACAGAAUGGAGAUCACUGUAGAUGGUUUUCAGAAAAGAUUUUAUGAAAAUGAUUUAUUGGACCAAGAAAAAGAGAGACAAGAACUUCUCCUUCUGGAAAUGGAACAAUUAGAAAAAGAGAAGCAGCAAAAUGAAGGAAGAGCCACAAAUAUGAGUGAUAAAAUGUUUGAAAAAAAGCGUAGAGACAGUAAAACAUCAUCAGCAUUGGCAAAAAAUGUACCUCUUUCUUUUCCUGGAAGCUCUUCUAGUGGUACAUCAACAGGCAAAGAAGUCAAGAAAUCCAAGUUGGUUCGAAGCCAGUCGUUCAGUACUCAAGCACUGCAUCCAAAAUACAGCAACAUAGACAAGUGUCCUAAUAGAAGUGCUGCUUCAGGUUAUACAUCAUCUGUGUCAGGAAUGGGAAAGAGUUCUGUGUUAUCUUUUAGUGAUGAUUCAUUCCGGACUCGUUCCACUGGUAAUAAUGGGAAUACCGCCUUCCCUUCCAGCUCCUCCCUCGCAGCUUCUUCUCGCAACUCAGCUAACUCGUCUGACCAAAAGAACAACGGAAAUAAAGACAGUCACUCACGAAAGAUGAGCAUAAAAAACAGAAAAUCAAACUCUUAGAUCUUCUGACAGAGGAAAAAGAAGAAAUCGGAGACAGCUGGAAGCAACGUUCUUGCCUGAUAAGUCAGGAGCAACAGACGGGACUCUCUAAUGCCUGGAGUGACUAAAUGCAUCUUGCAAUGUUAAAACCUUUUACUUUUAAAUAAAAUACUAAGUUGUAAAAUAUGUUCAUAUAAAUAAUGUAAUGGCUACAGAAUUCCAAUGUGGUAGUGAAAUGUUAUGAAAUAUAACUUUAGCAAUGUGCUCUUAACUACUGCAGCUAUGGAGACAAUUUUUUUUUUUUCAAUUAUGCUUCUGUAGUUCAAAAUCUUGGAUUUUGAAUACACGUAUCCAUUACCUAAUUUGUCGUAUUUACAAUUUUAGCAAUUCUUAGCAUCCAUGCUUUGUGCAAGAAAUAAAUUGCUACAAACAUGAAAAAGUAAUCCCACAUUUUAAAGAAACUUCAAAUCUAAUUUAAGUCUAAAAUUCCAUUGAUCAAGCUGAAAAAAAAAAACUUUGGAAAUAUUGUGCUGUGAAUUUAGAGGCUAUCUUUUUAGAAGUAAUAAGUAAAAUUCAUAAGUCUCAACCCAUUCUGAAAGCAGUUAUCUCCAGAUGAUUUUGAAAAGAGUUUUAUUUCGUAAGUUUUGCUGUAUAAAUAUCUGUUCUAAUUUUUGGUAUUUCAGAUUGUAUUGUCCUUUUAAUAAUUUAUAAUGAAGACACCAGUUUUUAAUUAGCUGUUAUUCCAAGCUAUCAUGCUUCAGCAAUGUCAUCUGCAUUUGUUUGCAUUAAUGCUUCACGUUUCUAUCAAAAAUUGUUUGUGGAAAAACAUGCAGUUCUCUUUAAGUUCUGUUUAUGCCAAUACUUAAGAAAGAGCCUAUGAAGCUAUUGUCAGCUUCUCUAUUUCAGAAUGAAAGCAGCAUAACUAUAUUGAUUUCAGAAAUAUCUGUUUUUUAAAUCUAUUGGUGUAUGAUAAAGGUGAUCUGAUUUGUGAAUGCAUAUGCGGUGUGUGGUUACUUUUUACAAUGUAAAAAAAAAGAAUUUACUCAAAAUAAAACCUAGGAC